GGCGGGACCAGUGGAUGGAUGACUGGAGUUUCCCUUGCGGUCUGAAGAUUAAUGGAAGGGGUCUGUUGAUCUUAGGAAUCGACUAUCAGAUGGUCGGUCCCAGGAAGCCAUUGCACUUGAACAACCGACAGCGGAAAACCCGAAUAACCCGGACAGCAGUGUUGUUAUCCAGGUUUUUAACUGAAAAGGCCUGCAUUGACAGAGAUAGCACCUGGUUAGUUCAGGCCAGGAUACGACGGCGAGGGACGCCAGAAGCUAACGCUAGCCUGCUGGUUAGAUAGACGGAAACAGCCUUCGACGGUCCGUCUAAUGCUCUGGAUUGGGAUUUUUGAAACACCAAGCCACCCCUGGAAAUAAACGACAGUCGACUGACAUCUUAAUUCACCGGUGCUCGCUUGGAAUUUGACGAGUUAACGCUGCAAAGCUAACAUCAACUGACCAGCUCCAGUAGAGUUAGCUUGUGUGCUAGCCUAGCUAACCUAAGGCGUUAGUGUUAGCUGCAUAUUUGGAUAUAAUCGCUUGGUUGGGAGUUUUCGAAACACACCAAGGGAAGAUAUCGGAGGAAAUAUAUUUACACUGGUUAGUUAAUAAUGAUAGCUGUUAGCUAGUAGCUAGCUGUCAGCUUCAUUGAGCCCAGCGACUGCGUUAGCUGUGUAGCAUCUCUCAGCGACUCGUGAAGGAAGACUCAGUCCGAGCCCAGGGACUCCACCAUCAGCCUGCCAUCAUGGGCAACACGCCCACCGCGAAGAAGGGCAAUGAGAUGGAGAGCGUGAAGGAGUUUCUUGCCAAAGCCAAAGAAGAUUUCCUGAAAAAAUGGGAGAAUCCAGCACAGCAAACUGCGGCAUUGGACCAUUUUGAGCGUUUGAAGACCUUAGGCACUGGUUCGUUUGGUCGAGUCAUGCUGGUUAAACACAAAGAGACGGGCCAGCAUUUUGCCAUGAAAAUACUUGACAAACAGAAGGUAGUGAAGCUGAAGCAGAUAGAACACACGCUGAACGAGAAACGUAUCCUGCAAGCUGUCAGCUUUCCCUUUCUGGUGCGACUGGAGCACUCUUUUAAGGACAACAGUAACCUGUACAUGAUAAUGGAGUAUGUACCCGGGGGCGAGAUGUUCUCACACCUAAGGAGAAUCGGUAGAUUCAGUGAACCACACGCCCGCUUCUACGCAGCCCAGAUUGUACUGACCUUUGAAUACCUUCACUCGCUGGAUCUCAUCUACCGAGAUCUUAAGCCAGAGAACCUGCUCAUUGACAAUCAAGGUUACAUACAGGUAACAGAUUUUGGAUUUGCGAAAAGGGUGAAGGGCCGGACCUGGACGCUUUGCGGGACCCCAGAGUACCUGGCACCAGAGAUCAUUCUCAGUAAGGGUUACAAUAAAGCGGUGGACUGGUGGGCUCUGGGAGUGCUGAUAUAUGAGAUGGCUGCUGGUUAUCCCCCCUUCUUUGCAGACCAGCCUAUUCAGAUUUACGAGAAGAUUGUAUCAGGGAAGGUUCGCUUUCCCUCCCACUUCAGCUCAGACCUGAAGGAUCUGUUGAGAAAUUUACUGCAGGUGGACCUGACCAAGCGCUUUGGCAACCUCAGGAACGGAGUCAAUGAUAUCAAGGGCCACAAGUGGUUUGCCACCACUGAUUGGAUUGCCAUCUACCAGAGGAAGGUGGAAGCUCCCUUUAUUCCUAAGUGCAAAGGCCCUGGUGACACAAGCAACUUUGACGACUACGAGGAAGAAGAAAUCAGAGUCUCCUUCACAGAGAAGUGUGCAAAGGAGUUUGCUGAGUUCUAGAUUCCAACCAUGAGUAGCGGAGAGAGAGCGAGACAGAGACAGGUAUUUAGAAAGUAAAAGGGGGUCAGAAGAAAGGAAGCGCUAGGGUGGACUGCUAACUUGCUUAUUUGUAACGACGACAACAAUGUAAAAUCCCCCCAGUUGAAAGGUAGGCAAAGCGAAGAAAGAUCCAACAGAACCAGCAGUGUUGCCUUUUCUGAUUGUUUCUCAACUGUUACCUAUUCAUUUUAUUUAUCCCUCUUGUGUUUGUGGCAGGGGCUCGAGGAGAACUGACUAGGUUGUGGCUGUCCAGCUAUAAACUUGUAUCUUACUGAUGGUGUAACGACAUGUUUUCAGUCUUUGCAGGUUGAGGCAUUGAUUUUCUGUUGAGGUACUGAAUCUGCUAGGCUCCUUUUUUUUUUUUUUUUGAACGGGCCCUCUACAAGCUUCUCAAAGAGUGAUUGUUGUAUCUUGUCACCCUGGUCCCCCUCCUCCCCCCGCCAUCUCUCCAUCCUGAAUCUGUCCAAGCAAUACCAAGUCCAACAGAUGUGCCUAUCAUAAUGCCAACUGGUUGGAAAACUGUGUCGAAAGCAUUGGUGCAGAGCUUUGGCCAUGGUGGCAUCAGCCCUUGUGCCCGUUUGGUUUAAAGCUUGAAAACUCGAUGCACCUGCCUUUGUCUGCUCAAUGUGGCAUGAUUAUUGGGUAGAUGAUGCACUCACUGCUCGCAGUUGAAGCGGUGGUGACCUCUUUGAUCAGAGUGAAAAUAAUUUAUCACAGUAAAAUUCAUCAAGGUCUUACUCCUUGUGGGGACCGGUGAGAAAUCGUAAAAAUGAGGUCUGCAUUUAAGUCUGUCUUUCUCUUAGCUGAAUUUAUUAGAGCAUUUUAAGAAAUCCUAUUGGUGAUCAUUUUGUCCUUUUUAUGUCGAUCUCUGUGCUUGUGUGUUAUUUAGUGCUCAAGGGUGGGUUUAAAGAGCUGCUGUUCAGCAGCAACUAACAUUGUGGUCACACUCCUGACUAUUGUUUAUUUAAUUCAUAGUACAUUUAUUCAUAUAUAUAUAUAUAAAUAUAUAUAUAUGUGAGAUACAAAAAGAUCCAUCUUUUUCAGCAUUGUCUCAUAGCUGUGAAACUGAAUUAAGAUUUCAUAAAUAAACAAAUAUAAAUUCUGCCAAAUUUGCAAGCUGAGAACGUUGCAAAGUUUUCUGUAUGUAACAGCGAUGGUGGUGGAUUUUAAUACGCAAAAAAGUAGCAAAACGUUUCAACAAAAUGUGCAUGUUAUUUUUGUACAAUAUCACUUUUAAAGAAAGAUGGCAGAGCAUUAUGCUUUAUUUGUGCUGAGGUACCUGAGAUCAUGGAUAAUGUGCUUAACUAUUAAAAUGGACUCUCAGCUGCUCUAUUUUGAAGAUGGAAUAAGACCCAGUUAAACCUUCUGGGCUUUUUUCAUCAUUCAGUCGUAGGGCAACAGUUUUUCUGAUAAUUGUCACUGAACCUCUUCUUCUCACCUGGAUAAUGGUUUAUUUUUUCUCCUUCCCUUCUCUCUUGUAUAUACCGUACAUGUAACACCUUCAAGAUAAUUUUGCAGUCCAACCAAAUUUUUGAGACUGUUGAGAUUGGAGUGUUUUGUUUUUCCGUUUUGAAGCUUUCUAUGUAACAAAUUAAACAAAGGAAGCUAUCCUAAAGUUGCCCCCUUUUUUGCCAAGUUUAUUUCUGUGGAUGCAAGACAAUCGCAGACCAAAUCUUAUUGCUGGUUUGUUGACUGAACACAUUGUUUUGGUUCGAUGAAGGAUGUUUGUUUUUCGCCCCCCGCCCGCCCAGCCCCACCCUCCAUAGGCCCUAGGUGCUAGACUUUGUCCAUCUCACUGAAAAGCUUCUGUGAAUUGUUUGAUGUGCAUCGAUCUUUUUGUCAUAAAGUCUUGUAACAUGACAUUUUUGAGAAUGUUUUUCGACUGUAAUGAUUUCAGUAGGCUUGAGUAAUUAUUUUGGCAGUCUCUUAAUGUAAUUGAGAUCAAACGCAGGAUACCUUUUUGAAUGUCUUGAAUUGUCUGAUGGAGAUGUUUCAAUGCUGUUUGGAAACAUGAUGUGUGUUUUGUAUAAUACAUGUUUCUCUGGUGAGCUUGGUUUUUCUUGCAUGUGGUAAAGCAACCCAACGGCAAGGCACCUCCUGGACCUGAGACGUGUUUUUGAGAAAUUGUUUCCACAGCCGACAGUCUCAUCGCUGUGUAACCUUUUUGAUUUGUUAGAGCAUCACAUUGAACAAUGCAGUGGAUCACCAACCAACCUGUCCAGUCUUUUGCAAAUAGUGAAGCACAUGCCACAAACCUUUCAAAUCUAUUUAAUUGAUUUGUGCUAAUUAUUUAGAAAACUCUUAAGACAAGAGAGCACAUGUAAUAUCUUUGACACUUAUGUUCUGACAAACGACUAAAUCAGAGUUGGUGGGUAGAAGGCAACGCCACUUGAUCCACUUCAGACACGGAGGCCGUCAACAAUGGCUUUUUUAAAAAAUGUAUUUCUGUUUCCCAUACAACACUUCUGGUCAACUGUCUUUAGUUCUCUUCUAUCAACUAAAAACUAUCAACUGCUCUGUGCUAAUCUUUGAGUUUUUCUCCUGUGUUUGCCUUCUAUUUUCAUCAAGUUUCCACACACUCUUCAUUCAGACAUAACACUUUUUACAUCUGAGAUGUUUUGUGUUCAUAUUUUCUAAUUGUAUUUUCAAAAAAAAGCAAAAAAGCAAAAACAGACAUUAAUCUUUUCCUCAUGACCUGGGUACAGUGAUUGUGUAGUCUAUUGUACCUUUUGGGAAACAAUACUGUAUAUCCUUGCCUUUGACAGUCUUAACUAUCUUACCCUCUGGAGAACUUGACAGAUACCCUUAGAACACAAUGAGUAUGUUAAAAAAAAUAUACAUAAAGUAAUAUUUUGCAAAAUGUAUCAUUCCAAUAAACUUUUACUUGUUAAGACUAA